ACUUAGCGAAUGAUGAAAAUGCGGACCCCUGUCGUUGACUCGAAGGAACGCCAUUGUGAACCGUAACGACUGUGUUGCAGGGUAAAUUUUAUCGGUCAUUUUCACGUACACGUUACUUGCCGGGAAAUUUUGUACUAAUAUUCUCAGAUUUUCAUAGAUUUGUAGCAAAUUAAUCAUCGAUCGUACGAUUUGUUCGAUCGUUUGUGAUUUUGAUGAAAUUACGUGUAAUCGUGUUGCUAGAUUAACGCAAAAGCUUGUGGUUACGACGAUAGGCGCCAUUCUUUUAGUGGAACGUGGUGAAUUUAUACGUCGAAUUGUCUUAAAGCGCGGGACACUGAUCAACCGGCUUUUCAAAUUAUUAUAAAAAAAAAUAUUAGCAUUCUGAUCUCCGUUUGACACUACAUCUUUUUGGCUAGUCAUUGGUAUUAAAAUGGCACAAGAAGCUGAUAUACCUACUUUCAAAUGUGUAUUAGUCGGUGAUGGUGGUACUGGGAAAACAACAUUUGUCAAACGGCAUUUAACCGGUGAAUUUGAAAAAAAGUAUGUCGCAACCUUAGGUGUGGAAGUACAUCCACUUAUCUUUCACACAAAUCGUGGUCCAAUUCGUUUCAACGUUUGGGAUACAGCUGGCCAAGAAAAGUUUGGUGGUUUAAGAGACGGAUAUUAUAUUCAAGGACAGUGUGCCGUCAUUAUGUUUGAUGUUACAUCAAGAGUGACGUACAAAAAUGUACCUAAUUGGCAUAGAGAUUUGGUUCGAGUUUGUGAAAAUAUACCCAUUGUACUUUGCGGGAAUAAAGUUGACAUUAAGGAUAGGAAAGUAAAAGCAAAGAGUAUUGUUUUCCAUAGGAAGAAGAAUUUACAAUACUAUGACAUCAGUGCAAAAAGCAACUAUAAUUUUGAAAAACCUUUCUUAUGGUUGGCACGUAAACUGAUCGGUGAUCCAAAUCUCGAAUUUGUCGCAAUGCCAGCUCUUCUUCCACCAGAAGUUACAAUGGAUCCACAAUGGCAGCAACAGAUCGAGAAAGAUCUUAAAGAGGCUCAAGAGACCGCAUUACCAGAAGAUGAUGAAGACCUUUAGUUUGUCACAUUGCGCUGUAUAAUACGAAUAGAGGCAAACCAUACACGUGCAUGUAAAGUACGUUGCGUACUUGUGCCUCUUCAUAGGUCAAAGAUUCUUUCUUGGGUGGAAUUAAUAUAUACAUACAUACGCUUCUGUUUCGUAUCUAAUGUAAAUGAUGGCAAAAAUAUUUCUAAUAUUUCACGUUUCUCGAGCUUUGUCCUUGAAGGUGUGCUACCAGGAAUUGAACGUUGCGUUUUCGCGGAUCAAGAUUUCAAGAUUGUGUAAAUGUGCGUAAAUGUAUUAGACAGAAGGUCUAAUUACAUAAAAAUAUUGUCCAAUUCGAGUAUAGCGUAUCCUUCGCCGAUUUCAUCGAUAGACGUUAAAUUGAUGAAAACUACUUACUAUAGAAUAAAAAAUUGUCCUUUUCUUUAUUUACGUAUUAUGUAUGGGUAUGCGUGAGUACACGUAUGUUGUUAUGAAACGAUGUAUCUUGCGUAAUGGAUGCAUAACUUUGUCGAUCAAUUAAAUUUUCGGUUUUCUUUGAAUCAUCUAUCUAUGCUUGUUAAAAACUCUUAAAACUCUUUUUUGUUGCCAAUUUUAUAUGUCGUACAUCGGAACAGUGUAUGUGAAUUGCCUGUAUCAGAGUGGAUGAACUGUGCUGUUUGGUAAUAUAUAAAAAUGUGAGAAAUUAAUUCUAUAAGAAAGAAUCUUUCGAUAUGGUCGAAACGCUAACAUUAUAAGCAACUGUUUACACACGCGUUUGCUUGUGCUCACGCCCUGUACACAUAUACACAUACAUAUACACUAAAUUUGAGAGAUUCUCAAAGUAGUUGAAUCUUUACUAGGUAAAUAACAUAACAUUUUACUGUUACAUUACCAACGAUAAACGAAUCAAGGAAUAGAAUAUCGAUCGAAUGAAUAAUGCAACAAUCGUUUUUGUGAAUCGUCAAACGAUUCUCAAACACAGUUGUAUUUUGGAAUAAUGUUUCGAAUGGAGCAAAGCACGGUUUGUAGUCAGUUGCGCCUGUCCACGAUAAUGCGGACUAAUAUUUUUAUUAGCGAAGGUGAAUGUAUGAUUUGUUCAACUUAAAUUAUAUAAACAGUGUUUUUCUUUUCUAUACAAACUCGUUCGUUUCGUUGGGAGUCGAAGUUACAUACGUUCCUUUCCCCGAUUCCUUUGUUUACUUGCUAAUUAAAUAUAUACCCGCAUGUGCACGAGGGUAAAGUGUUGACAAAUACCAUAAUAUUUCUAUGGUUAAGAGAUAAACGCAAAAAUAUAUACGAUAAAAUACCUCGUAUCGUAUAUCGUAUAUUGUACCAUUGAUGUAUUGGACUCAAUAAAUCAUCGUUGAACUGUUU